AUGGCUACCGUUGAAUAUAAUACUGGAAAGAGAAAGAAGAUCACUUCCUUGAUCUCUCGAAGUGAGGAUAACUAUCCGGUAGAUAUAUCAGAUAGACGGUUUAGAAACUCUAGCUUAGGGGCAUUGUACGCAGGUUCACGUUUUAAAGGCGUGCAAAAAUGCGGCAUCAGUAAAUAUAAUGUUUUAGUAGCCAUACAGCAUGUUAAUAUUGAAGAAAGCAAAAUUUGUGGAUAUCUAAAUAUUGAAGGAUUAACAAAUGAAUGCCCAGAAUUAACUACAUUCUUUGAAGGUGAAAUCAUUGGUCCCCAUUAUUCAUUUUUGACUAGAAAAUGGCAAGCACAACAAUAUAUUGAUGCAUUACAUUGGGGCAAGUUUCCUUCAUUUGAACCGUAUCUUCACAAUUUCAAUGACGAUGAUUUUACAUACGACCCACUGGAGAAUGACUUUAUUUAUAUGCGUUGGAAGGAGCAUUUUUUAGUACCUGAUCAUUGUGUUAAUAACAUCGAAGGAGCUAGUUUUGCUGGAUUCUAUUAUAUCUGUUAUCAACGAUCAACAAACAAAAUCAAAGGAUUCUACUUCUAUCACAACAAUCCAGAGUGGUUUCAACAGUUACUUCUCGAACAUGAUGAAGAUCAUUCUUUUGCUACGUUCGAAUUCCGUUAA